AUGUGGAGGUGCCCCUCCUGUGGCAGCGCCUCUCCUCGUAACAAUAAAGACGAUACUCCUUGCCGUAAUGUUACAAAGCGCUCUAAGCCAAAGAGUGACAAGGCUACAACGAGUAUUGUAGACAAAUCCGCUAAGUCAAACCAAAAACCUUUAAGUCUUGCACAAAUUACGGCGGAGGAGAUACGGUCUAUAAUUAAAUCUGAGAUUAAAGAUGCCCUGUCGUCAUUUCAAAAAUCUUUCGAUGAUCUUCGAAUAGAAAUAUCCUCACUACGCAGUUCUGUGCAGUUUCUAAGCGACAGAUAUGAUAGUGUCACAAAAAAGAUGGAAUCUAUUGAAGCGAAAAUGAAAACAAUUGAAGCUAGUAGAUCGGAAUGCUUAAACUUGCAAGGGGCCGUGUCCGCACUUCAGAACGAUAUUAAUAAAAAGGAGCAAUGGGCCCGACGUUCAAACAUUGAGAUAAUCGGUAUACCAGAAGCGAAAAAUGAGAAUUUACUUAACAUAAUUAGUAAAAUUGCCGAUGUUGCCGAUGUUAAAUAUGUUGCUACAGAUAUUGACUUUAUCACUAGAGUCACUCCAAAGCAUAACGAUUCAAAAAAAUCUAGACCUAUUAUAAUUCGUUUCCUGUCUCGAUAUAAAAAGGACGACUUUCUGGCUAGAUUGAGGGAAAAGAAGAAUUUAAAGUGUUGUGAUAUCGGAUAUGUAGGUAAUAGCAAUCGCAUUUACUUUAACGAUCACCUUACUAGUUUCAAUAAAAUGAUCCUCCGUAAGACUAAGGAUCUAGCUCGUGAAAAGAAGUUUAAAUAUGUAUGGGUUAAGAACUGUUCCAUCAUGGUGAGAAAAAACGACACUAGUCCUGUUCUGCACAUUCAGUCCGAAAAUGAUUUUAAAAGAAUAAUA